GAAUUGUUUCAAAUGUCUGCUCCUAUGAAUAGGAAGCGAAGUUUGUCUCUGUUUAUGGUUUUAUGAGAUACACAAUUACCAACAAAUAUUUUCUGUUAAAAACGUACGAGCUGUCAAUCCUACAACAUUGCGAAUAGCGCGUCAACGAUAAUCAGAAACAUUUACUGCAGUAACGUAACAGCCAGGCAUGGCCCAGUGGGAGAAGCUGAGGCAGUUGGAUUCUGUGUACCUGACACAGGUGGAUGAGCUGUAUGAUGGGGAUGCCUUCCCCAUGGAUGUACGCCACUACCUGGCACACUGGAUAGAGGGUCAAGACUGGGAUCGUGCAGCCCGGGACCAUGAUGUUGCCAUGGUGCUGUUCCAGGUGUUAUUAGAGAACCUGGAUAUCCAGCACAGCCGCUUCGUCCAGGGGGGAGAGUCCUUCCUGCUGCAGCACAACAUACGCCGUUUCAAACACAGCUUCCAGAGGUACCAAGAGGAGCCUUACAAUCUGGCCAACAUCAUCCAGUGGUUUCUGGAAAAAGAGAAGGAGAUCCUGCAGAACGCUGAACUGGCUGAGCAGGUCCAGCUGCUGCAGGUCCAGCAGAACCCCAUGGAGACAGACAGCCAGCGGAACAUGAGCGCAGAUGGCAGACGUAGAAUAAAUCAGAGGCACCACCAAUGAGGCGGAGAGACUGAACAGAUGAGUGCUGCAGGCUCUACUCAACAGACUGAUGCCUCCAGGAAGAGCAUGUUGUCCGGUAUGAGUGUGCUGCUGACGUUGCGGGAUCUGCUGUGUGUGCUUGUGAGGGAAGAGCUAGUGCAGUGGCAAAGGAGGCAGCAGAAGGCCUGUAUUGGAGCCCCAGACAGCACCUGCCUGGACCAGUUGGAGAAGUGGUUUACAACGGAGGCGGAGUGUCUGUUCCAGGUGCGUAAGUUCCUUAAGAAGCUGGAGGAGCUGAUGGGGAAGGUGACCUAUGAGCACGACCCUGUGAAGAAGCAGAAACCAGCGCUGCAGAAGAGGGUGGACAGCCUCCUCACCAGCCUGCUCAAAAGCGCCUUUGUGGUGGAGACUCAGCCCUCUAUGCCCCAAGGGAAAGGCCCCUUGGUCCUGCGUACCAAUGUCCAGUUCUCAGUCAAGACCAGAUUCCUCGUCAAAUUUCCUGAGCUGAACCAUGCCAUGAAAGUGAACGUGUCUAUGGACAGGGAGGCUCCUUUGGUCAAAGGGUACCGUCGGUUCAAUGUCUUGGGGACCAACAGUAAGGCCCUGAACAUGGCUGAGAGUAUGAGUGGAGGCAUGGUGGCAGACUUCAGACAUCUGACACUGAAGGAGCAAAAAUCUGGAGGAGGUGGCAAGGGGAUCCAUGACCUCUCUCUCAGCGUCACAGAGGAGCUGCACAUCAUCAACUUUAACACUGAGUUUCUUCUGCACGACAUGUCCGUCUCCUUAGAGACGUCCUCUCUCCCUGUGGUCAUCAUCUCCAACUCCAGCCAGCAGCAGAGUGCCUGGGCUUCCAUCCUCUGGUUCAACAUGCUUUGCCUUGAGCCAAAGAACCUUCUGUUCUUUGCCAACUGUCCCGCGGCUACGUGGCCCCAACUAGGGGAGAUGUUGAGCUGGCAGUUCCUCUCCUCCACCACGCGGGGUCUGGAAGCUAACCAGCUGGACAUGAUCGCACACAAACUCUUUGGAAAGCAGCAAAGUUACGACGCCUGCAAAAUCUCAUGGACUAAGUUCAGCAAGGAAAAUGUUCCUAACACCAACUUCACUUUUUGUGUGUGGUUCGAUGGUAUCCUUUUUAUGGUGAAGACUCACUUAGAGAACCUGUGGAAAGAUGGUUCUAUCAUGGGUUUUGUGAGUAAAGGCAAAGAGAAGACCCUCCUGAAGAAGAAACGGAGGGGUACAUUCCUCCUGCGCUUCAGUGAGAGCAUCAGAGAUGGAGGCAUCACCUUCUCCUGGGUGGACUACUCCCCCACCGGUGAGCCUGAUGUGCGCUCGGUGCAGCCCUUCACCAAAGUGGACCUUUGCCAGAUUCCCUUCCAUGAGAUCAUCAGAAACUUCCAGAUUCUGGAGGAGGAGAACGUCCCAGAAAACCCCCUCCUCUUCCUCUACCCUGACACGCCCAAAGUGGAGGCCUUCGGGAAGUACUACACAGAGAAGAGUGGAGCGGAUAGUCAAUUCUUUAAGUACAUCAGAACUAAGUUGGUUUUCGUAUCUAAAGAGAACACACUGGAGGCUAAGUCGCUUAUGUAUUCUGACACUGUGGAAGGCGAGGGCUCAGGGCCAAUGAACCCAAGAUAUGGUCUGGGUGGAGAGGCCGUCGAGCCCUCCACUUUCCUUCCGCUGCCCCCGAGUCCUGACCCCAUGUUCCCUGAUGCCAUGGUAAAUCCCGAUGAGGACCUGAAUCCCACCUUCCAGGAGUUCCUCGAUGACCAAAGCAUAUAUGAUUGCGGGUUAAGAAUUCUAUUAUGCGUGACUGAGAGACAUCAACUGCAUCCAACCCCAGGAUGGUAUGGAGGGACACAUUUUAACGCGCUACUCCGAAGAGCUGGAGAAGAUUAGUGACUGAGUGAGAUCCAAGUCUUGGGUCCAGUCGGAUUUGUUUUAGGCCAUUUCAGACUGUGCCACAUGAAUCAUCAUUUUUAUGGUUUCUGAUUGCUUUUAGAGUGUAGCAUUUCUGCUGACCACUCUACCUGAUUUAUGAUAUAGGGAUAAGUCAAUCUAUCCGCUGUGGGUGUACAGUGUUGUAGGGCACAGUAUGGGCUGCAGAAUGGGAUCAUUAAUGAGUGACUUGGUAUGUACCACUAUUUACAGGUCAGGGAAUUAUCUUGAAGUGAAAUAACCACAGAAAGCCUGUUGAUAUUUUGUACAAGCUGCAGCAGGGAUAUUGCAAACUUUACUCUGUUCGUUCAGGAUUCACAACUGAAUACAGCGAGGAAAGUUUAACAUGUAUUGGGAAUUGCAUCUAUCAUUUGUAUUUCUUGUUUUACAGAAUAGUCUGCAGAUAAUGACAAAUGGGUUAAAAUAAACUGAUAUUGAGAUGUGA